UAUCAAUGAAACUGAAAAUUCUUCAAAGAAAUUGCAACUUCUUUAAAAACAAAAUACUGAAUCGAACAUAACUCUGAUGAGUAAAAAAGAAAGAAAAAACGAACAAACCUUUUCCUGUGGUGUGUCAAAAAGAACUGUCACUUUUUUGUUGUAGUGUCUUUCCUCCCCAUAAAUUAUUGAAAAAAAAAAAAAAAAAAAAAAACCGAAAACAAGCCAUGGAGCAUAUUAAAAACUUUAUUCAUCAAAAAAAGAAUGAUAAAAACUUUUGUACAAUAUCUAAAACAUUAUCUGGCAUUAUAAUACUCUACUGCCUAUGGCCAGGUCGAUUUGCUACACGUUUCGACUACAUAAGCAGUGAUAACAUCUACUCCAAAUUAGUACCUGAAACCACUCGAAAUAUUUCAUUACAAAAACUACCCGAAUGCAAUAAUGAAGAUGUCAUCAAUCAAAAUCAACAUAUAAAUAAAAAUGAAAUACAAAGUACAAAAAUCAAUAACAAGUACAUCCUCCCGGGAGGUGAAUUCUAUCCAAAAGAUUGUCGAGCUCGUUUUAGUACUGCAAUUAUAGUACCUUACCGCCAAAGACAAUGGCAACUUAAUAAAUUCCUUGUUUACAUGCAUAACUUUUUGGAAAAACAACAAAUUCACUAUCGAAUAUUCUUGGUAGAACAACACGAUGAUAAGCCUUUCAAUCGAGCUAAGUUGUUGAAUAUUGGCGCUGAAAUUGCUCUAGGCUAUGAAUUCCCAUGUCUAAUCUUUCAUGAUGUUGAUAUUUUGCCCUCGAAUCUUGGCCAAUUGUAUGCAUGUUCGAGUUCUCCUCGACACAUGUGUUCCAAUUUAGAUAUCUUUAGAUAUAAUCUUCCUUAUAGGGGACUCUUUGGUGGAGUUGUUAGCAUUCGAAGUGUUCAAUUCCAACAAGUGAAUGGAAUGUCGAAUCUAUUUAGUGGAUGGGGUGGUGAAGAUGAUGAUUUCUAUGAACGAAUCACUUCGAGAGAUAUGCAUAUUGUACGUUUUGAUCCAUCGUACAGCGAGUAUAUUAUGAUGGUGCAUAAGAAGGAGAAACCAAGUGAGGAUAGACUGAAAUAUUUAUAUUCUGGACCACUUCGUUACUAUUCGGAUGGUUUGAAUUCGUUGAAUUAUAAGAGACUCAAAACAAAAACACAACAUCUUUACACUCAUGUGUUGGUGGAUACUUAAUUACUUUUAUAAGAAAAUAACAUUUUAAUUAUUUUAUAUUAUUUUAUGGUCCAUUAAAAAUUACCUAAUUUGAUAUUGUAAA